GAGGAGCUCUUCUCUUUAAGGAAGUGGCCAAACCCUGGGGACUGGGACCCAGAGCAGGAGAGCCACAGCCUACUUUACCUCAUCACUAUGUCUCUGCAGGCUAAUUUUGACCAGGCCACACAAGACGUGAGGAAGCUGAAAAGGAGACCAGAAGAUGAAGAACUCAAGGAACUCUACGGGCUCUACAAACAGUCCAUCAUCGGAGACAUCAACAUUGGUGCAUGUCCAGUAAUGUUAGAUAUGAAGGGCAAGGCCAAGUGGGAAGCAUGGAACCUCCAAAAAGGGUUGUCGAAGGAAGAUGCCAUGAGUGCCUAUAUUUCUAAAGCAAGAGAGCUGAUCGAGAAAUACGGAAUUUAAAACUUGACAGGGGAGACAGAUCUCCUUUGAAAGCCUUCAUCAUAGCAUCAUGGUGUGUAGGGGAAAAUGCAUUGACAAUGUAUAAAUCAAGUGUAUUUUCCUAUGAGCAUGGAUUCUAAUACUUUGGACUAUGUCAACAUAAUUAGCUAAGUUUGAUUGUUUGUGCAAGCUGACAUUAAAAAGUCAUUUUGUAGUCUGCAUAUAAACUUUAAUAAAUAUCUGUUUUCUUUUUGCAUUUAUGUCUGUGUAUGGGUGUCCAUAUGUGUGUGUUACACAUUAUGUAUGCAUGCAUGUGGAGGCCAGAGAAUAACCUUGGCUGUUUUUCUAAGAUAUGUUAUUUGCUUCCUGUGAGGCAGGGUCUCUCCAUGCUUGGAGAUCAACAAGCAUGCUAGACUAACUGUCCCAGGUAUCCUCUUUCCUCUGCCUCCCCAGGACUGGGAUUACAAUGUGUUCCAUCUUGCUUGGCGAUCUGGGGCUUGAACUCAGGUCCUCAUGUUUAUAAGGCAAGCACUUUACUGACUGAACCAUCUCCCAGCCUCAGUGUUUGUUUUCUUGACUUAAUCUGUUCAUAUACGAUGAGUUAGUGCUAUUGGGCAAAAAGAAAAGUUUGCUCAGAAUGAAUAGCAGCCAGACUAUUCUUGAUACUUCAGGAAGUGGAGCCAGGAGGGUCAUGAGUUUAAGGACAACCUAGACUACACGAAAC